AUGGUCGUCGCAAUCGUUACCGGGUCGUCGAGAGGAAUCGGGCGGGCAAUUGCCCUGCAACUCGCUGAUGAUGGCAUGGAUGUUGCUUUGAACGACAUCGAGGCUCAGCUUCCGCAACUGCAAGCCGUCAAGGCCGAGAUUGAGCAAAAGGGACGCAAGACAUCCACAUUUGUCGCCGAUGUCAGUAACGAAGACCAGGUCGAGAAGAUGGUGGCCGACGUGGUGACCGAGUUUGGCGAGCUGAAUGUCAUGGUCGCCAAUGCCGGGGUGCUCGUGCCAAAGUCGAUCAUGGAAGUCAGUGUGGCGGAAUGGGACAGGGUUCAAUCGACUUCAGGCCACAGCGUUGCAUACUCGACGAGCAAGUGGGCUGUCCGGGGACUGACGCAGUCGGCCGCUCUGGAGUUUGCCAAAUACGACAUCAACGUGAACGGCCCUGUCGAUACAGAUGUGAGAACUCCAGUACUUUCCGAGCUGGUCUGCGCAGAAAAGGUCUAA